AGGGAAUCAUCUAACUUUGUCUUUUCUUAAUUUUUUCUUCUUCUUAUAUUCCUCAUGAUUUGCCUAUAUAAACACAUUCUCAUAUAUUGUCCAAUCUCCACACACACACACAUCGACAUAAACAAGAAUAAACCCGUUAAAUCAAACUCCCUUGAUUCAAAAACUCUGCGUUAGCUAUUAUUUACUAUGGACUACAGUUUGUCAAUGGAGUCUUCAGAAUCCCUAAGGAACAAGUGUGGAGGUUGUUAUAGGCAAUUCAACAAGAAGGAACACUUGGUGGAACACAUGAGGAUCUCUUAUCACUCGGUUCAUGAACCUACUUGUGGCAUUUGCAACAAACAUUGCCGAUCUUUUGAGUCCCUCCGUGAACAUCUCAUUGGUCCAUUGCCGAAACAAGAAUGCAAGAACAUUUUCAGCAUCCGUGGGUGCAGAUUCUGUCUUACGGUCCUCGAAAGCUCCAACGCUCGUAGGAUCCAUCAAGAGAGAUGCCAGCUCUCAAACGUCAAUUCUGGACUAACUACUCGUAUGGCGUCCUUAUGCCUAAGAGACAACCCAACAAUCGACUACACUUCUUCAAGAUCACCACGAGUGGUCGCGCUCUCAUGCAAGAUGGUUGGAGGAGGUAGUGACGGGUCGCUUGACCUAUGCGCGAGAGUUUGCAUAACAGAUGAGAGCGAAAACGUGAUUUUCCACACGUACGUGAAGCCAAUGAUCCCCGUAACGAAUUACAGGUACGAGACAACAGGGAUACGACCUGAGAAUCUAAGGAACGCAAUGCCGUUGAAGCAAGCACAGAGAAAGAUUCAAGAAUUUCUCUGUAAUGGAGAACCAAUGUGGAAGAUUCGUCCAAGAAGCGGGAAAGCAAGGAUUCUCGUGGGACAUGGACUUGAUCACUAUCUUGACUGUCUUCAACUUGAAUAUUCUUCUUCCAUGAUAAGAGAUACUGCGGAAUACCCUCCACUGAUGAAAACAAGCAAAUUAAGCAACUCUCUCAAGUACUUAACCCAAGCCUAUCUCGGGUAUGAUAUUCAUGUGGGAAUACAAGAUCCUUACGAGGACUGCGUUGCAACGAUGAGGCUAUACACGAGAAUGCGAUAUCAGAAACACAAGACUGAAGCUCAGAACCGCAACAACUACACGGCGUGGAGGCAGAACGAGCUUGAGAGGAUGUCUCCCGAAGAGUUGCUCGACCUUUCACGGUCAGACUAUUACUGCUGGUGCCUGGACUCGGUUGCUUGAGAAUUAAAAGUUAUCGUGCUUGAUGAUCUCCAAGAAUAAGAUGAGGAAUGGAAGAAGUUAUUAGGUAUAUAUAGUACAACUGUACAAGUUGAACAAAAAAAAAAUAUAGUACAAGUUAAGAUCGAAUAAGAAUGUCUUUUUUUAAGGUCAUUUAUGAACUUGACCAAUUAAAAAAAAAAGUAUAGUUAUGAAAGUUACUUGUAUUAUUACUAUUAGUGAAUCUGUUGGUUAUGAGAUGCAUGGAUUGUUGUAGACUUGCGU